AUGGUGUUCUUCUUGAUGAAAGCAGAAACAGAAGAAGAAAUUUUGGAUAUCCCAGUGGUCCCAGAAUUCCCUGAGGUAUUUCCAACAGAGUUUAGCAUAUUACACCCUGAAAGGGAAAUUGAAUUUGCUAUUGACCUAGUGCCUGGAACAAACCUAAUUUCAAAGACUUUGUAUCGAAUGGCUUCAAAUGAGAUGGACAGUAGCCUGAGAUUAUGCAUAGACUACUGUGAGUUGAAUAAAGUAACAAUCAAGAAUAAGUAUCUAUUACCAAGGAUCGACGAUUUGCUAGAUCAGUUGAUAGGAGCCAUUGUACUCUCAAAGAUCGAUUUAAGAUCAGGGUACCAUCAAGUAAGGAUCAAGGCAGAAGAUAUCCUGAAGACUGCCUUCCGAACGAGAUAUGGGCAUUACGAAUUUCUGGUGAUGCCAUUUGGAUUGACGAAUGCACCUGUUGUAUUCAUAGAUUACAUGAAUAGAAUCUUCCAUCCAUAUUUGGAUCAGUUUGUAGUGGUAUUCAUUGACGACAUCCUAGUGUAUUCUAAAUCACCAGAGGAGCACGAACGGCAUCUACGGAUUGUAUUGGGCACGUUGUGGGAAAAACAACUAUAUGCUAAAUUGAACAAAUGUGAGUUUUGGCUAAAUGAGCUUACUCAGAAGAAUCAACCGUACGAUGGGGAUGCUAAAUGUGAGGAUAGCUUCCAGGAGUUGAAGCAGAAAUUGACCUCGACUCCUGUGCUGAUAAUCCCUGAUCCUAUAUUGCCAUAUAUGUCAAAGACUUAUGAGGAGAACUAUCCCACACAUGAUCUUGAGCUGGUAGCAAUCGUUUAUGCCUUGAAGAUUUGGAGACACUAUCUGUAUGGGGCAACCAUUGAACUGUACUGUGACCUUAAGAGCCUCAAGAAAGCAAACAUGGUAGCAGAUGCAAUAAGCCGGAAGAUGGUGCAAGAGGCAUCGUUGACAAUAAAGGAACAAGAGUUGAUUGAAAAUAUCCAAGAUUUGGAUCUCAUCGACCAAAUACAGCUAAUGGCAGGCCAGAUUGGCAUUGCGAAAGUGGAAGCACAAAUCACUGAACAAGUCAAGAAGGCCCAACAGAGAGAUCAACUGGCUGACAUUUUGAAAGCCAAAGUGCUGAGAAAUGAGACAAGGGAUUUCGAAAUAACUCAGGAAUAG